AUGCUUAUUUUCAACUGUCCUAAAUUGGGUGAGAACGAACGGUACAGUAACAUGAUACUUUCAUGGACGACGCACUUUAUUCAAGCAAAGUCCUUUCGUCAGGUUGAUAUUGUUAUUCCUGGAAGAGAAAUUCCAAAGUGGUUCAACAAUCGGAAAAAGGGUAGAUCAAUAAGGACUUUGUGUAUGACAAAUAUAAUUGGCAUUGCUUGCUGUGCCAUAUUUUCUGUGGAACCUUUUGAACGGGGACCUGUAACACGUUUUCUGAGCUCUAAAGAUAAUACACUAUGGGAACUUGAUCAUAUCAAAAUGGAAGCUUCCACUACGAAUGGCCAAGGCUUGCUUCUGGAGGUAAAGAGUUGUGGCUAUCGUUGGGUAUUUAAACAGGAUCAACAGUCAUUUGGCUCACAUAACAAUGACGAGUUGCAGAAAGAGGAAAGUCAUAAGCUUGGACCAGCAACUGUUUUGGCGAUUAAAGAAGAGGCACGGCCAUAA